AGCAUGGCCGCCAUUGCCCAUUGCAAAAGUCUUAUCUGGGAUCAUUCCACAUUUGAGUGAUUUUUCUUGGAAAAUUGAUCUGAUAUGCGACAGAUUGCUUUAUGUUUUCGUAAACCUACAUUACCCAAGAACAAAUUGAAAUGGAUAUGAAAGCCAAAUUAUCUCAAAUACGUUAAAACAUAUAUAAAUAAAGUUGAAUACCCACCUUAUUAAACUUAAUCGCAAUGAAUAAAUGUAAUACAUAACGCCUUCCGUGAUUGGUAGAAACGCUUAAAGAAUGCAGCUUCCUUUUAAUAUGUAACAACGAAUGUGGUUGGUUUCAAAAGAUAAAAGGUGAACUACUCUUAAGCAUAGGCCUAUGAAAUGGACAAAAUCCUAUAUAAGACUUUGCAGCAUAACUUCAAGUAUUUGUUAAAGAAUCCUUCUGCUUGUGUUAAGCACUUUUCGUAUCAUCAACAUACUAUAUCUAAAAAAUGUGAUAAAAGUGUUUUAUCUUCUUUUACAUCCAUUCACCCAGAAUAUGGUAUCACACAAAGAUGCAUAAAAGCAAAGUUCACCAAAAAAUUGAAGCAGCAGAUUACUGCAAUAACUGCUGUGCUGAUGAGAUCACAGUUUGUACCAACAUGGACAGUGAAAUCUUUAUCUCAUACAGAUUUUUUUUCUGAUCAACCCUCAAAUUCAGACGCAAAGAAUAGAGAAAAGGACACAAAAAAUGAUGGCCAUGAAUCAAAAAAACCUGAAAAUGAGGAUGAAGAUGAAGAAAGGAAAAAAAUGGAAUUUAGGCGAUCCUUGUAUACAUUCAUUUCUGUUUUGUUUUUCGCUUGGCUGCUGACACCAAAUUCUAGAGAGGAAGCAUCUUCUAUUAAAUAUAUUUCAUGGAGUGAAUUUUAUCAUAAUAUUUUACUCAAAGGCGAGGUGAAGAGUAUCUAUUUAUACUUUUCAUCAGAACAAGGUGGUGAAGAUGUUGCCAUAAUAGAAGUUCAUGAAGGAGCUGUUAUCAAAGGCCAGGCAACACGAGGUAAAUUUGUGAUAAAAAUCCCAAAAGGUUUUAAUUUUGAAGAAAGAAUUAGACAGGUUGAAGAUGAACUCAACAUCCCUUUAAAAGACAGAAUACCAAUAAAGUAUGGUUAUCCCAACUCAUGGGUUAUGCUAGCAAUGCAGUUGGCAGUGGGAGUUGUUCUAUUUUUCUUCGUCCGUCAAAUUUUCAAUUCUUUUAUGAAAGGGAAAGAUGGCAAUAUGAUGGAUAUGAUGGACAUUUUUUCAGGAGGAAUACGUCAAGCUAAAUUUACACGUGUGGAUAUUGCAUCAAAGGGUUCAAAAGCAGUUACUUUUAAAGAUGUGGCAGGUUUAAAAGAAGCAAAAAUAGAAGUGAUGGAGUUUGUUGAGUAUUUAACAGAUCCACUGAGAUUUAAGAAUUUAGGAGCUAAAACCCCAAGAGGGGCACUUUUGCUAGGCCCACCAGGGUGUGGUAAAACACUGCUAGCAAGAGCUUUAGCAAGUGAAGCGAAAGUUCCUUUCCUAGCUAUGGCAGGAUCUGAAUUUGUAGAAAUGAUAGGAGGAGUAGGAGCAGCAAGGGUAAGGAAUCUGUUCAAAGAAGCCAGAAAUAAAGCACCAUGUAUUAUCUACAUAGAUGAAGUGGAUGCUAUAGGUCGUAGCAGAGGAGGUUCAGCGAGUGUAGGUGGUGAAGAUGAACACACGCUUAAUCAGCUCUUAGUGGAGAUGGAUGGCAUAGAAACACAAGAGGGUGUUAUUGUGUUAGCUGCUACUAACAGAGCUGAUAUAUUAGAUAAGGCUUUGUUGCGGCCUGGUCGAUUUGAUCGCCAUAUUAUGAUAGAUCUGCCAACAUUGAUUGAGAGAGAGGAGAUUUUUGAAGUCUAUUUAAAUAAAUUAAAAAUUGAAAAUGAUGCUAUCUCAUAUGCCAAACCUCUUUCAAAACUUACACCAGGAAUGAGUGGUGCCGAUAUCAAUAAUAUUUGUAACGAAGCAGCCAUACAUGCAGCAAGGGAAAAAAGAAAAUUUGUAGACAAAAAAGAUUUUGAGUAUGCUGUGGAAAGGGUUUUAGCAGGAGUGGAAAAGAAAACCCGCUUGUUGUCACCAACAGAGAAGAAAGUGGUUGCUUACCAUGAGUCUGGUCAUGCCCUUGUAGGAUGGAUGCUCAAAUACACUGAUGCUUUACUCAGAGUUUCCAUUGUACCAAGAACCAAUAGUGCCUUAGGAUUUGCCCAGUACUUGCCAUCAGACCAGAAACUCUACUCACAAGAGGAGCUGUUUGAAAGAAUGUGUAUGGCUUUAGGUGGAAGAGCAGCAGAAAGUCUGAUAUUCAAUCAUGUAUCAACAGGUGCUCAUGAUGAUCUUCAGAGAGUUACAAAGAUGGCUUAUGAUCAGAUCAGGUCUUUUGGCAUGAACUCAGUGAUUGGUCAUUUAUCAUUUCCAUCUGAUCAGGAAAAUUCAGGACAGAAGCCUUACAGCCAAAAACUAGCCCAUACAAUUGAUGAGGAAGCAAGACUGUUAAUAGCUAGAGCAUUUCUUAAGACUCAAGCAGUACUAAAGGAAAACAAGGAGAAACUUCAUCUACUUGCAACAGCUCUUAUAGAAAAAGAAGUUCUUAACUAUGAAGACAUAGAAAAACUAAUUGGCCCACCUUACUUUGGAAAAAAAAACUUAAUAGAGCCUCAAAAGUGGGAUGGUAUUAUGCCUGAGAACAACAAUGCAGUGAAAAGUAAAUUAAACAAUAGCUGAACCUGUGAUCCUUGUUUUAAACUUGAAUGACUUCUUUUCAACAAAAUGUUUCAAAUUGCUUGCAUUUUUAAAAGGAGCUAUAUUUAGUUAAUGUAAAAACUAAACGAACCUGUUUGUAAAGAAAAUAAUUGUGUGAAGAACUUUUACUUCUAGACAUGUUUACAUUUGCCAGCAAUGUUGAGACCCACACAUUUCAAUUACCAUUUCAUGUCUAGCUAUGUAAAUGUAAUUAUGAAAGACUUUUGUGUUUAAGCUGGACAUUGUACUUGUGUAUUAGGUGUGUAAAAAUGACAGGUUUCUGCUAUUGUGGUUACUAUUAGUUUACUUGUGAUACAAAUAAAACAUUUUUAUGUAUAAAAAAACUAACAUUUAAUUUGCUUGUAUUGAAAUCUUUUUAUUCAUAAAUUAAAUGACAGUUGUAAUAAAAAUAGGCAAUUACAACUUGUUAAUAAAAUGCAAUACGAUUCUUUUUUAAUAAUGCAAACGUCAAAGUCAUGUUUUACAACAAGAACCUUGAAUAAAAAUAACAUUUUACUCUCUUCAAGUCAUGGUUUAUAAGCAGUACAAAGUAUUUCUCGUAACUUUUGUUGGGGCCUACACUAUGUUAGCUAGAACUCCAUUCUUUGAUGCCAAAAUAAAUUCUUAGUCGUAAGAACAGACUUAAAAGUUUGGAACUA